CAGGAAGUUGUUUGGCAAUGGAGUGAGCAGCCUGACAGCAGGGAAGGAGUCGCCUUUGCUGUGAGCAGCAAGAUCUUGCACCCAUCCACCCCCCUCUUCCAUCCACAUCAGUCGUGAGCAACAAAGAGGCAGAACAGGCUUCGGGCAGCGUCACAGUUCCCUGUUAUGGUGCGUGUAUGUGUGUGCACAUCGUCAGUCAGUCAGGCAAGAGAGAGAGUCCAGGAUGCCCCGUUGGCAUGACCCGUGGUUCGAGCUGCGUCGGUGGGUGCCGGUCAUCGCCGGGAUGGUGUAUUGUCUCACCAUCGGGUGUAUGCACUGCUUCGGCAACAUCACGCCCUACAUCACCUCCUACAUGCGCACCAUCGGCGGCGAGGAGGUCCGCUACAAGGACAGCCACUGGAUCUACUCAACGGCAGGCAUCUCACAGGGCGUCUUCGGCUUCCUCGGAGGCAUCCUCGAGCAGAAGGUCGGGCCGCGCAUCGCAGCUGUCGUCGCCGGGUGGAUCAUGUCGAUCGGCAUCCUGGCGUCCUACUUCACCAUGACCUCCUUCUACGGCCUCGUGCUCAGCUAUGGCGUCAUAUUCGGCAUCGGCUGUGGGCUGGCCUACCCCAUCCCCCUCUCUGUGGCACUCAAGUGGCACCCCGACAACAAGGGCCUCGUCAGCGGACUCAUCUUCGUCGCCAGGGGGCUGUCGGUCUUCCUUCUGACGCCGCUGCAGACGGCCUUCGUGAACCCCCUGAACCUCUCCCCUGACUUCGGGCCAUUUCCCGAGUCGUCGCCGAAGGAGACCUACUUCACGGACACGGGUGUGCUGGAGAGGGUGCCGCUGCUGUUCCUCCUCAUGGGGGCCCUGUUCGUGGUCAUGCAGGCCGGCAGCGCCCUCUUCAUGGGCAACCCCGCUGAGGUACAUGUGAUCCAUCGCACGCACGAGGAUGGGUGCAUCGCAUCCACCUGCAGGGGGAUGCCCGCGUGUGCGCUUGUGUGUCAGGAUGACCCCGAUUUGGCAGCGUGUCUGGAUGUGUCGCGCAAGAAGCAGCAGGCGCUGACAAAGGGCAAGGGCGGCGGGGAUGCGGCGGCGGCGCGUGCGGCGGUUGGGCAGACGAUCCACCCCGAGGACAUCCCCAUCCUCCCCAUCCACAAGAUGGUCUUCACAUACCAGUUCUGGACCAUCUGGCUCAUCAUGUUCUUCAACUGGCAGGUACCUGAACACACACACACGUCCGCACAUCGGUCGUACUGGCCAAUUGCCUGUGUGGAUGCUCUCUGCAGGCAAUAUCAUUCGUCAACGGCUUUUGGAAGAUCAUUGGUCAGACAGACAUGGGUCUGGACGACGUGACGCUGGCACUGCUGGGGUCGGUUGCGGCGGUGACCAACUCGCUGGGCCGUGUGGUGUGGGGCAUGGCUGGGGACCGGUUCGGUUUCAAGACGACCAUGAUGGCCAUCUGCGUGUCGUUUUGGUUCUUCCUCAUCACACUGCCGCUGUGCCACACCGACACGCUGGCUUUGUACGGCAUUGUGGGCAUGAACACUCUGGUCAUGUACUACAUCUGGAUCAAUGUCAUCAAGAUCAUCGACGGCGGGUGAGCUGACCGCACCGGGAAGGAGGGAGAUAAUUGCAACGUCCAUAUCCUGUGCGUCUGGCGUGUGUGGUGUAGUGCGUUUACGAUCUUCCCUCCGGUGACGAGUGACAUCUUUGGCAAGAGGAACUUCGGCCCCGUAUUCGGCCUCCUCUUCACAGCAAGGGCUACCAGCUCACUGGUCAGAACGCGAGAAACCCAUACACGCAGCCAGCAUGACAUACACAAACACACCACAACUGUCUGGCUUCUUUGCCUCGUUCAGGUUGGUUCGUCCAUCUGUUCGCUUCUGUACGACGGCAAGACGGUGGACCUGACGGGCAUGUGUCUGCUGAUGUCGUCGUGCUUCAUCGUGUCGGCAGUGCUCACGCUGUCCUUCAAAGUCAGCCCGAUCCCAGUGCCACCUGGAUAUCACCCACUCAGGACACGCACACGAUGAAUGAACGAAUGAGUAAAGGCAGGAAACACCC